ACUGGGAAGGGCUGCUCUGGAGAAAUUGGAAACGUCUGAUACCCACUUGUGCCUGUGGAUGGACUCUGUGCACUCACAGCCCAGCAGCAGCUUCCCCCCUGCUUUACACAGUUUAGCCAGAACAGAAAGCGAAAGCGCUUCGAAUGAGGAAGCGAUGGCAUCCAGAGCAGAGAGUCUAACUGAGGAGUUGGUUUGCCCCAUUUGUCUGCAUUUGUUCGGAGAGCCGGUAACUCUGGAGUGUGGACACAACUUCUGCCGCUCCUGCCUCACCCAGAGUUGGGGAGAAAAGAGCUCCGGGCGACUCUGUCCCCAAUGUAGGCAGGAACUUGCUGACACCAGACUCAGGAUCAACAGGGCCCUGGGGAAUCUGGCCGAGAAGGUUCGGCAGCAGAAGCUGAAGGAGGACGAGGAGGGCUUUAAUCUUCACUGUGAGGAACAUCAGGAAGAGUUGAAGCUCUUCUGUGAAACGGACAGGAGGCUGAUCUGUGUGAGCUGUCUUGUGGCCCCAGCCGGUCUGGGUCACAAGAGCCACAAUUUCAUGAGCACAGAGCAAGCUGCCCAGCUCUACAGGGUGAAGUUGAAAUCAACUCUGAAAAAUGCUAAAUUCAGAAGAGCCUCAUCUCUGGACCUACAACAGCUGCAAGAGGAGCAGAUUUCCCAAGUCAGGGAACAGUCGGAGAGCUUGCAGGGACACAUCAGGUCCGAGUUCAUUAAGAUGCAUCAGCUCCUCGCUGAGAUGGAGGAGCGCUUACUCCAGAAUCUCAAAGAACAAGAGGCAGAUGCACUGCAAGCAAUGAAGGAAAGCCUGGAGAGAGUGCAGCGGGACCUAGAUCGCAUGGAGGGCGAGAUAGUGAACUUUGAGAGACAGAUGGAGGAAGGAGAUGCAGUCAGGUUUCUGAAGAUGGCUGUGUCCAGGGACAGAAGAAUCAGUGAAGAGGAAAUUGAGCUUCCAUUUGUGAGCGUGAACCUGCCGAUUGGAAAAUUCAAGGGGCCCGGACUGUACACAGAGUGGAAAGGAAUGAUAGAGAGCCUUAGCCCAGCUCCAGCCUCUCUGACCCUGGACCCGGACACAGCCCACCCCCUGCUCGUUGUAUGUGAGGACCGGACCAGAGUGACCCUCGGAGAUAAUUGGCAGCUUCUCCCUAACACCCCGGAGAGGUUUGACCGCUGGCUCUGUGUCCUGGCAUCGGAGGGAUUCAUGUCGGGGAGGCACUACUGGGAGGUGGAGGUGGGGGACAAGAUUUCUUGGGAGUUGGGCGUAGCCCUGGAGUCAGUCAACAGGAAGGUGGCGCUGCGCCUGGGGCCAGAGACCGGCUAUUGGACUGUGUGUCUGCUGCCCGGCAGCUCCUAUGUUGCCGGCACUUCCCCCUCAAGGACUCCCCUCGCCCUGACGGUGAACCCCCGGAAGGUUGGGGUUUACCUGGACUACGAGGGGGGCCAGGUGUCGUUUUACAACGCAGACACCAUGUCCCAUCUCCACACGUUCAGCCACACUUUCACCGAGAAGAUCUUUCCCUUCUUCUGUCCGGCCUGGGAUUACGGUGGGAAGAAUUCUCUGGCCCUGACACUCUGUCCAGUUAAAGGUCACUGUUAAUAGAGGGGCUCCUUCCAUAGAAACUGGUGGUUUCUGAUUCUCUUAUUUCCAGCCUGCCCUCGUGCAAUAAAUACGCAGCGUGUAAAUGCGUUACAAACUCUUCAGAGGAGGUUCACCUCGGCAAUGGGUGGGUUGUCUUAUGAGGGAAGGUUGGACAGGUUAGACUUGUAUCUACUGGAGUUUAGAAGAGUAAGAGGCAACUUGAUUGAAACAUAUAAAAU